AUGGCUGCUACCAAGUCCUCUCCACGGCAGGAGAAAUUGUUUUCAGCGCAGACGUUCUCCUCUGAGAAACCAAGGACCUCGGCAACACCAUUACACAACACGGAUUCCACCUCAUUCCUUAGCUUUUGUCGGACAGUCGGCGAUCUGAAAUUGCUCGCUCACUGCUCAUGUGAUCCUGCGCUGAUUAUCUAUCACAGCUGGCUGCGUUUAGCUUUGCCGCUUCAUGAUCGAGGGAUACGAGAGAGUGAUGGGUAG